AUGACAGUCGAAGAAUUACAUGACGAAGUUAGUGCCAUUGAUGCUAUAUACCCCGAUUCUACAUCGGAGGUUGCACCUCAGGUCUAUAAUUUAAAAAUCCCACAGCACGAUGAUUUGGAAAUUCAAAUUAGCUUCCUGGAGAACUACCCUGAUGAAAUGCCCACUGUUAUCCAGGUCCUUAAUAACAAUACGAGAAAAUAUACGGAUACAAGUUAUUUGGAAGCUCAGAUUAAGGAGACACUUUUGAGGAUAUUCCAUAAAGGGGAAGUCUGCAUUUUUGAAUUAUUCACGGAAUUAGAGGAUCUUUUUGAGAAGUACUUAAGUAGGGAAAACGAUAUACAGAAAGAUAUGGAUGAACUAAAAAUCUCUAGAAAUACAACUGAUGAGAAGGAGUUAGCAAAUAGUAAGAUUCCAACGAUAUGUCCUUCUGUGCAAGCAAAUUCUAAGACGGUUGGCAUAGAUCCUUUGAAAGGAUGGAUUCAAUCAGAUCCGAUAAUAGAUAGGGGAUCCACCUUCAUUGGAUAUGCGCGAAGGGUUGAUUCAGUUGAGGAAGCAGUAGAGUAUUUAGAACUUUUGGUGACGGAUAAGAAGAUUGCCAAAUCGGCUCACAAUAUAAGUAGUUGGAGAAUCAAGAAAGAUAAUGGAAUUCAAUACCAAGAUUGUGACGAUGAUGGCGAAACAGCUGCGGGAGGAAGGGUACUACAUUUAUUAACAGUAUGUAUUUUGUUCUAUUGCAUGUCUUGAGUGCAUGGCACGGCUUUCUAUUGUAUGAUAUACUAACGUUUAAUUAGAUGAUGGAUGCAUGGAAUGUAAUAGUGGUCGUAAGUAGGUGGUUUGGAGGUACCCACUUAGGACCCGAUAGAUUCAAGCAUAUUAACACAGCUGCUAGGGAUGCAGUUGUUAAAGGAGAAUUCGUCAAUCCUAAUGUACAGAGUAAUAAUGCAAAUAAUGGGAGGAAGAAGAAAAAAUGA